CUGAAGCCGGCGUCUGUCUUCAUACCAGAGCACUCUGCCUAUUCAUUGGAACAUCGUUCCAAUAUUCUCUGGAUAUCCUGAUCGAAAACGGCUUUAAAAGGCGCCGCACACCACAUCGCCACUUGCCGGCAAACUGUUGCUUUAGCAAUUGCUGAGUCCGGAGUCCUGCCCUUAUACCCAGAGCUGACAUAAAGUUCACAGGUUCCCCAACCCCUUCCCAACAUUGACACCUCAGCCUCUUAGUCAACCAUCAACUCGGCAAGCAGGCCACAACUUCACCAUGACUCUAGAAAACAACAAGCUUCAUUGGACGCAGCGGGUUGCCUUAAUCAGGCACAACUUGCAUGCUGCCAGCCGUACCGGCGACUUCACGUUCUUCAAGACACUUCAAGCGCAUCGACUACUCGAAGGGACCGAUCACAUGGCAACCUUGACGGCCGCAAUCGGCGAUGCUGCAGACCAAGUUCUGGCGUCGCUUGACAACUACAACUCGGUGAUGGCAUAUGUCCACGAAGACGCGUUUAAAAACGUCUAUGAGGGAGUCAAAGCCGGCGUCAGAGACCAGGUUGGAAGUUUCGAGGAUCGUCGGGCUAUCUAUUAUGUCGAUUGUGCGCAGCAGAAGGAGAAGGCCGAAAAGGCCAUUGACAAGAUGAUCAAUUCCGCCAUUACGAUGAUCAACACUCAGCCAGCCUACGUUCAGGAGGAGACUGCCAAUAUCUGGAUCUGGGGUGCAACCUUUGUCGCGGACGCGAUGGAAGUCUGUUUGUCACAGAUUGACCAAAUAGAGUGCUACUUGGAUGACUUCAUACGCCUCGAGAACUCGUGGGCGGUGGUGCAGAGUGCUGUUGGUUCCUCCAUCGGCGCCAUCAAAGGCAUCUUCAACCUUAUGGCACCCAGCCAAAGCCCGGAACUUCAACAACGUUCUGAGCAGACCGAAGGAACCGUCCGCUCAAUGUUGCGCAGAAUGAGCACAGCCAUGACGUCGGGCAUGAACUCUGCCACUACCUCACGCAGGCAAUCCACUGCUUCCAUCUCGGCAGCGCCGCCAUUGAACCACGGCACGCUCCAGACUCCACCCGGCCAUCUGCAGCCCAAGUUCGCGUGGAGGCCCAAUGCUUUGAAAUACAGCGGCGGAACAUUCGAGCCGCUAGCCGCCAUCCCUCCAACUCCAGCUGCCAUGCUGAGUAACCCGUUCGAGAGCUCUGCAUUUAAUGCUAGCAACCAGCACUUCAGUGUCGGCGAAGACAUUCCUCCUGUCCCGACCCUCACUUUCCCUUGCGACAGCGACAGCCCACCCAUCGCCAACAGCGGCGCCAUCCCUACCGACCCCCACGAUAGCAUGGGCCCACGCAUAAUCUCUCCGCACUCGAACGGGUCCUCGGAGCAGACGUCCGUCUCUUCCACACGGCCUCGCAGCCAAAACGUGCAUGACCCACAGCCGGUCUUCGACGACGUGCUCUUCAUGGACAACCACGAUCCCCUUUCGCCGAAUGCGGACGAGCAUAUGGCCGACUCGCCGUCGGAUGCCGGGAUUGGCCUUAAUAGUGGUUUGUUUCGCCGGCUGUCGACCAUGAGCUUUAGGCCCACGGCUGUGCAUUAGGUGGGAUGAGGGGAGUGGAUGUGUAAGUGUCCGGAGAAGGUACAGUUGUCUGAGUGGUGUGUGUUGUGUGGGCGGUUGGUGCUCGUUGUUUGUUUGUUUGUCUGCUGUCUCAGUGUUUGCCGUCGCUGUCAUCGUUCGCUAUUCUUAUCGCCCUUGCUAUUCUUAUAUGGGCCAUGACUGGGAUAUAGCUAUCUAUGGUCUUGGUUUUCCGUCGUCUCUCCUCAUCCUCUUUUUCGGCUCUAAUACGCAUUUCGGUAUGUCACUGUCACAUAGUUGUUUUCGAGCCUGCUUCUGUCUUUCUUGAUUUUGUUCAAACCGCUAAAAGGGAUCGGAUUGUAAGAAAGGGUCGUGUAAUGUGUGG